AUGAGAAUAUCUUCAACUACAAAAUGGAUUUUAUUAUGUUUAAUUAUUGCCCAGCUAUGUGGUGCCGAAGGUAAUGGAAAUUCUGAAGAUUCACCAUCCAAUCAAGCCGAACAGUCUCAGUCUGCUGAUUUAAGUAGUGAACAAACCACUGAAAACAAUGUAGAAGAUGUUCCCAAAAAUUCUGUUGAUACCCAUGGCCAUAGCCCACAAGAUACACAACAAUCUGAGUCCGAAAAUCCAUCAGAACUUCAACCAACAAAUAAUAAUGAAAAAUUAGAAGAACCUUCACAAGGUUUGGAACCAACAAACACACCUGAUGUAGUAGCAACUAUAUUUUAUGUACCCAUAAUCCUUACACCAGUAAAACUUGACCUCGGCAUCAAGAGGGAUACCAAAGAUUUUAACUAUAGAAGUACGGCAGUCCAGUGCAUGUACACCCCCAAAAGUGGUCGAAUAUUUAGUGAAGUGAUCAUAUCGGACCCUUAUGGGUUUUCUUUAGUUAUUUGGAAACCCAAAUCCCAAAGCGAGUAUUCCUACGAAGUUUCAGUGUAUACUAUUAAGGAUACAAUAAUUCUCUCUGUAAAGAUUUCCAUGCUUAAUGGUACUAAAAAGGUCUUCGGAAGACCUUUUAUUCAUUCAAAUUGGCAAGAUAUUACCUUUCCACUUGGUGUUAAACUUUUAACAACUAAACAAGACGGCACUAAGGUUGAAUUGGGCCCUAGCGAUUAUAUAUUAAAUACUCAUUGUGGACAUAGUUUUUCAUAUACUUUUCAUCUAUAUCCGCAUCCAAAAUGCACUGAAAUAAAACAUGAAAACAAAACUGUUUGGAGCUACCGAUCUCAUUAUAUCAUAUCUAAUGGAAUCCCUAUAUCUGGUUCAUAUCCCACUUGUAUUUUAUAUACUAUAUCAUAUAAUUUAAACCAUUUUCUUUGCAAACAUUACAAAAAAGAUUCAGAAAUUCACAACUUCAGACUCUGGUUCAGUGAUGGUUUUUACAUUGAUUCCUCACUCGAAAAUGGACAGUGGAAACAAAAAUUCCAUCUAUAUAAGACUUUAUCUCUCCCAAUUGCAUCAGAAACUGAUAAUGAAAUUUCUCUAGAUGUAACUCUGGACAAGAGCACAGAUCAGUUUGAUUAUGAAUACUAUAACUGUCCCAACUCUGGCUACAGUGUUUUUAAAAUAUUUACUGCCAAAAAGGGGUAUAAGUUCGCUUCGGUCACUGAACAAAAUCUUGUUAUUUGGAACAAUUCUAACGAUCAAUCUGAAUUUUCCACUAAGGUAGUGGCUCAGACCUCCAUUAAAUUUAUAGAGGCCGAUAAACAAGUGACAAUACACACUAAUAAGGAUAAUAAAAUAUUUUACAAGUUAAGGGAAGAUGGAAAAUGGAUAGAUUCAAAGGAAAAAUAUAGAAAAAAUAAACUCAAACUCAUAACCCUUAAUGAAGACGGAUCUACUAGUGAAGAUGAUACUAGCAAAUUUGAUAUUGGAUAUGAUUUUUCUAUAGUUAAUUACAUAUUUAAAUCAGGAGCUAAAUGCAUCGAGGUCAAAUGCGAUGACAUAGUUGUGUGGAAAUAUGAUUCUUCGCAAGGAGAAAGUCACUAUCCCCAAAAAGUAUCUUUUAACACUAUAACCGGGAACAUUCGUAUUCUUUUAAACAAUAGACUAUACUUUUAUAGUCUACAAGGUCUUGAAUGGAAUAUGGUACUUCAAAUAUAG